GCGUAGUUCAUCUAAGCUCUCUCCCUAUAAUAGAUUCUAUCUUCUUUUGAAGUUCUAUGGUGUUCUGGUUCCUGCAAUUUGUAAUAGACGCCACUUUUUCAUUUUUUCUCUCUAAAUGUAAUAGAAAUCUUGUUGCGGUUUUCUAGGGUUUCAGUGGCAAGGGUUUUUGUAGUGGAUCAUGGAGCAUUUUGGAAUGAGAUUGGCUGUGUUUGUAUUUACUUCGAAGUAUUGUUCCUGUUGGUUUGAAUCUUCAUGUGCAUGUUUUGUUAAAGCUCAUACACGGAAACCAGUCUCGUUUUGCUAAAACUCCAGCCUCAUUAUCAGAUUUGCUCUCAUUGGUCCCGUUGCUGACACCAGGACAUAGCCAUCCAAGAAAACUACCCCUUCUCAAGCAUAUCACAUGCCCGGUCCGAAGUGUUUAAGACUAGUAUCUGCAUUUUUUAGUUCCUUGAUUUUAGUGGUUUCGUUUUCCUUUUGGUUAUGAUGGGGCAUCAAUAUCUUGGAUUUUGGUGUUUGUUUAGUUUCCUUUCUUUAAUUUUAGUCUGUGUUGGAACUAGGUUAUUCCUUUUGCCCCUUUUGCUCUCUGGAUGUUCUCCAUGGAUUGCAGGAGACUCUCAUUGCCCUUGUUUUGUGUUCUUAAUAUUGUUCCAUAAAUAUUUCAGCAAUUUUUAUUCUUCUAAGCUCAUACUUGAGCUCGUUUACCUUCUUCUUCUUCCUCUUUAUUUAUUUUUAAUUUUUUUAAUUUUUUUUCUCCUCUUUUAAUCAAGAGCUGGCUUCUCAUAUUUUGGAUUUUCUAAAUAAUUUUGCACUCAUUUCAUUUGUACUAAUAUCAAAGUCACUUCUUGUUCAUGCUUGUGGUUGAUGUUAACUUUGCAUUCUUCCUUCUGAGAGCCAUUUAGGACUUGAGGCUUGGAAAUUUCAUCCAUGAUGGGUAUGGAUUCGACUGUCAGUUGGCUCUUUAAGAGUGCCUUUAUUGCUCUUCAAACACGUGGAUGAUUAAUUAUCCUUCGAAUUGGUUGGAAGUUGUGUGAAGUACUGUGACUCUGUGGUUCUAGGUUGAGCAUUGGAUUUGCUUCAAUUAAAUACUGUAUCAGUAGAGGGAGAACAGUCAUCUUGAGGACUACCUAAGAUGAAAAUGCGAACACAUUUGAAGGGAAAAGGGACUCCUAGGGUUAACACACAGAAAGCAAUUUUUGAGCUGAAACAUAGGGUGGUUCUUUCACUGAACAAGCUUGCAGACCGAGAUACUUAUCAGAUUGGGGUUGAGGAGCUGGAGAAAACUGCUGAAGGCUUAACACCAGAAGGGAUUGCUCCAUUUCUUUCUUGCAUCCUUGACACUGAAGCAGAGCAGAAAAGUGCUGUUCGCAAAGAAUGUAUAAGGAUCAUGGGUACCCUAGUGCAUUUUCAUGAGGGGCUUCUUGCACCACACGUUGGGAAGAUGGUUGCUAGCAUUGUUAAACGGCUUAAGGAUCCAGAUUCUGUUGUCAGGGAUGCCUGUGUGGAAACAGUUGGUGUCUUGGCUUUGGAAAUGUGCAACAGUGGGGGAGAAAGUGAUGGAGCUUUUGUUGUGCUGGUGAAGCCUCUUUUUGAAGCUCUGGGUGAACAAAAUAGGCAGGUGCAAUCUGGUUCAUCAUUGUGUCUGGCCAAGGUCAUUGAUAAUACAAAUGAACCACCAGUCCCACUGCUGCUGCGUAUGUUGCCUCGAGUUAUUAAGUUGCUUAAAAACCCCCACUUUAUUGCAAAACCAGCAGUCAUUGAAUUGAUCAGAAGUAUUAUUCAGGCAGGUGGAGCUGCAACACAAAAUGCUUUAUCUGAUGCAUUAACCAGCAUCCAAGAAGCUCUCAAAAGCAGUGACUGGACAGCACGCAAAUCUGCUUCUGUAACAUUGGGAGGAAUUGCUGGAAAUGGUGGUUCCUUGUUGGGGCCUUUCAAGGCUUCAUGCAUAUCUUCCCUUGAGUCCUGCCGUUUUGACAAGGUGAAACCAGUUAGAGAUUCAGUGCUUCAGGCCUUGCAAUACUGGAAAAGUCUUCCGGGGCCAAUUUCUCCUGAACCUUCAGAAGCAGGAUCUUCUACAAAAGAAAAUUUCUGUGGAGUUGACAGUGGUCUUACUAGGGUGAGUGAUUGUAGUUGGAAAACUAUUGGUCUCAAGAAAGUUGGCACCAGUUCUCUGAAGAAGAGGGUUCCUCUAACUGUUCAAAGAACAUGUUCAAAUAAUGUGGAAAACCCUAAACAAUCCAAAGCAAAUGAUUGGAGUAUUGAUAUUACAGUUCCGAAAACCCAGAGCAUUUCUUUAGUUGAUGCACACAAUGAAGAAUCUGAGGGUAGUACUGUGACUAAGACUUGUGAAAGAAUAGACAGGACUGUGGCAGAAAUGCGGGAUAUUGGAUAUGAUUAUGCGUCAGUAGAUGAAAAGCCAGAAUGUUCAUCUGUGUCGAAUCUUGUCACCGACAACCUUGAGACUAAGUGUGUGACAGUUGCUAAUGAUGGCCUUGAGGAAGGUGGUUUGAUUAAUUCAGUGAGGAUGAAUCAAAUGCCUGUGGUUGAAGCGAAUCACAUGCAACAUAUAACUUAUUCAGAAAGGAUGCAAGAAUGCAGAAGUCUGGAUUCUACAGUUACAGAACUGAGCUUGAGGGGUUUACAAGGGUGUUGUUCAGGAAGAGCAAAUGAAAUGGCCUUCGUUAGAAAGCAACUUUUGGAGAUUGAAAAUAAACAGUCAAACCUUAUGGAUAUGUUGCAGGAGUUUAUGGGGAGCACACUGGGUAGCCUGUCUAUGUUGCAGUCGAAGGUGCUUGGUCUUGAAGAUGCUGUUGAUAAAAUAGCUCAAGAUUUUCAUAGGUUCAGCUAUACUAACAUGGCAACCUCAAAGAUAUUGAAGAAGAGCCAAAGUGUCUCGUCGUCUCCUCGGCUCUCUACCUGCAGUCCUAGGCCAUCAGUUGAUAUCGAUAAUAGACAACCUUCUCAAUUGUCUAUAAGAAGCAGAGAAUUUUGGGAGGAAGCUGCAAUUGGCAAGGGCAGAUCUAAUACUGUCGACAUGUGGAGGGAUCCUACAAUGAACAUGUUCAAAAACCUGACUGCUAAGGGUGUUCAACAGAGCUUUGGCCAUGCACCCCAAAGCUGUCAAACAAGGAAAAAUGAAGGUUUACAUCCUGCUUUGGUUGGUAAAGUUGACGCCAGCCAAAACAGUGUUGAAAGUAAAUGUAGCUUGUGGAAACAUGUGAAAGAUUUUCUGUUUGUAGGGGACCUAGAUUCAGCAUUCGUGGAGGUCCUCUGUUCGGGUGAUGAUCUCGUUCUAAUUGAGCUUCUGGACAAAACUGGUCCUAUUUUGGAGAGUUUGUCUCAUGAGACAACCAGAGAAAUUCUUAGCACUUUGGCAUCACUGUUCCUUGAUCAAAGAUUUCUGGACUCCAUUAUCCCUUGGUUGCAGCAGGUUGUGGACUUGAGCACUACCCGGGGACCAGAUUGCCUUGGUCUGUCUAUGAAAGCGAAGAGGGAAUUUUUGUCUGCAUUACAAGAAGCAGCAGGCAUGGAUUUCCUCAAUCCAGUGAAGAGGAGAUCAAUUACGCAGUAUGCAGUGAAGUUACAGCAAAUUUGGGUUGUCAUGGUGUCUAGGCGAUCCAAGGCGUUGGAGGGGGCUGGACACGGCGAAACUAAUAAGGCACCUGGACGUCUAGGAUAUUGAUGAGAAUUGAUCCUGGCAGCCUGGCAGCAUGGAGGUAACAAGUGUAUUGCUUCUAAGGGGUCCAACUGAGCUGUUUUCGUUAUUUUAUUUGGUGCCGUAUCCUAGAACAGUUUUCUCCAUGGUUUGAUAGAUUGAGGGAUCGCCAAUCUCUGUAGGCUCACUAAUCUUAAAAAUCCUUUACCACAAUUUCUCAAUUUUGUUUGAACUCUCAUAAAUCAAUACUUUGAAUUGUCCUAAACCUCUGGAGAAAUGAAGUAAAACUUUCACUCUUUAUUUUUAGUCAAA